GAGGACAGUCCCUCCAAUAUUACACACAACCAUGUCGGAUGCCGACAGUUCCCUUUAUGUGGACGGCAACCUGGUCAGCAACCCGCUGGCCGACUGGGACACCAAGAAGCUGGUGUGGGUGCCGUCAGAGUGCCUGGGAUUCGAGCUGGGCUCUGUGAAGGAGGAGUACAGGGACGAGGUGGUUGUGGAGCUCGCCAACUCUGAAACGAAAGUGCGAAUCAACAAGGAUGACAUCCAGAAGAUGAAUCCGCCCAAGUUCAGUAAGGUGGAGGACAUGGUGGAGCUCCCCUAUCUGAACGAGGCAUCCGUGCUGCACAACCUCAAGGAGCGGUACUACUCCGGACUCAUAUAUACAUUCUCAGGUCUGUUCUGUGUGGUCAUCAACCCGUACAAGGACCUGCCCAUCUACUCAGAGACGAACAUCAAGAUGUACAAGGGCAAGAAACGACAUGAAAACCCGGCGCACAUCUACGCCAUCACUGAGAUGACCUACAGGAGUAUGAUGCAGGACCGUGUUAAUCAGUCCAUUCUCUGCAUGGGGGAAUCUGGUGCAGGAAAGACAGAAAACACCAAGAGGGUCAUUCAGUAUCUGGCCCACAUGGCCUCAUCUCAUAAGGUACUAACAUGCACCCUUUAGUAGACAGGGUACAGGAAAACAAAGGUAUAUACUUGGGGGCCUGAAUUUCGUUUUGGAGAGCUGGAGAAACAGCUGUUACAGGUGAACUCUAUCCUCGAACCUUUCGGCAAUGCCAAGACAGUGAUUAAUGACAACUCUUCUAGAUUCACCAAAUUCAUCAGAAUCAACUUUGACAUUAACGGAUACAUGAUUGGAACCCAUAUCAAAACCUUUCUAUUGGAAAUUUCUCGUGUGAUUCGUCAAGCUAAAGAAGAGAGGAACUUCCACAUGUUCUACUACAUGCUCACCGGCGCAGAAGACGAACUACGCUCUGAACUGUAUCUGGAGAGCUUCAAUAAAUACAAGUUCCUGUCCAAUCGAAACCUGGCGAUUCUGGGACAGAAGGACCAAGAUAUGUACAAGGAGACCAUGAAGUUAAUGAAUAUCAUGGGCUUCUCCAAGAGAGAACAGAACGGUCUGUUGAGGGUCAUGUCAUCUCUGCUACAGCUGGGUAACAUGUCUUUUGAGAAGAAGGGUAACUCAGAACAAGCCUCCAUGCCUGAUGACACCGCCGCACAGAAGGUGUGCCAUCUGAUGGGCAUGAACGUAACCAAUUUCACGCAUGCCAUCCUCUCACCCCGGAUUAAAGUGGGCCGUGAUCACGUGCAGAAGGCCCAGACGCAGGAGCAGGCCGAGUUCGCGGUGGAGGCUCUGGCCAAAGCCACGUACGUGAGGAUGUUUCGAUGGUUGGUGAUGCGCAUCAACAAAGCCCUGGAUAAGACCAAGCAUCAGGAUACCUUCAUCGGCAUCCUGGACAUCGCCGGCUUCGAGAUCUUUGAGCUGAACUCGUUCGAGCAGUUCUGCAUUAACUACACUAACGAGAAGCUCCAGCAACUGUUCAACCACACCAUGUUCAUCUUGGAGCAGGAGGAGUACCAACGCGAGGACAUAGAGUGGAAAUUUAUUGACUUCGGCCUUUGCCUGCAGCCCUGCAUCGACCUCAUCGAGAAAUCUAUGAAUCCUCCUGGAAUCUUGGCUCUCUUGGAUGAAGAGUGCCGUUUGCCUAAAUCUACGGGCAAGAGUUUUGUGGAGAAGAUCCAGCGCGAACAUCUCAACAUCCACAAACCCAAGAAAUUGAAGGACAAGGCCACUUUUUGCAUCAUCCAUUAUGCUGGAAAGAAAACCCGCAAGAGAAUGUUCCGCACAGUCGCACAGCUCCAUAAGGAGCAGCUGUCCAAACUCAUGGCCAUGCUCAGAGAGACCAAUCCCAACUUUGUCCGAUGCAUCAUCCCCAACCGCCAAAAAAAGGCUGAUAUGCUGGACCCUCUCCUAGUUCUAGAUCAGCUACGGUGUAAUGGUGUGCUGGAGGGCAUCCGUAUCUGCAAACAGGGAUUCCCCAACCGCAUUGUCUUCCAAGAGUUCAGACAGAGGUAUGAAAUCCUCACUCCCAAUGCUGUUCCCAAUGGCUUCAUGGAUGACAAACAGGCUUGUGUGCUGAUGAUCAAAGCCCUAGAGCUUGAUCCCAACCUGUACCGGAUCGGACGGAGCAAAGUGUUUCUCCGUGCUGAAGUAAUGGCUCAACUUGAGGCAAAGCGCAAUAAGAUGACUGCCAUCAUCACUUUCCAGGCCCGGUGUCGUGGAUACCUCUUCCGCAAGGCGAGUUCGAAAACACGAAAAAGGCUGAGAUGCAGUUUCAGGAGCUGCAGCUCAAAUAUGACGAGAGCGAGAGACAGCGCAUCGAACUGGCUGAGAGAGUUGACAAACUGCAGAAGUUACUUCAAGAGAAGACUCAGCAGGUACUGUCCCUAAAAACACAGCUGGAAGAGGAGGCUAAGAGGAACCUGGAG